AUGGUUUCAAACAAUGUUGUUCCGAUGAAGUUAGAAAGUUCUGACAGAAGAUAUGUAGUUGUCAGAACGUCAGAUUCUCAUAUGCAAGAUACAGAAUAUUUUGACGACUUAGCAGAAACUUUGACAUCUGACUUUUACAACCACUUGUUCUCAUAUUUCAUGACAUUAGAUAUUUCUAAGUUCAAUCCAAGACAAAUUCCACAUACCGAAGAGAGACAAACAUUGUUAGAAGCAAACAAGAGUGUAUAUGAACUGUUCAUAGAUGAAACUGACUUUGUGUCAUUAGAUGAAAGGUCAUUGUACGAUUCGUAUAAACAAUAUUGUCAAGAAUAUGGUUAUAUGGCAGCUUCUAAACGAACAUUCUUGGCAAAUGUCAAAAGUCUUUUAGAUGUUCAGAAUGGUGUAUAUACAAAGAAAAUUUUUUAUGAGUAA